GGAGCAUAUGCUUUGUACACCCUACGUUAUGCUCUGUGAGGGAGUUCAUCUAGCUAUGGGACCGAGCUUAUUUAGACCGCUGGUCACAGCGGAGUCUUCAAAUCUGAAAUCAUACUCAUCUACAGUGCAUUAGACAAGAGCUCCUUACACCAAAACAUCAUAGAUUCGGAAAUAUAUCUCUUUACCAUCAUUCUUGCAUCGAAAGCCAUCAACAUGUCCCUCCAGACACCCCUCUGCUCGUUGCUGAAGAUCCAGCACCCCGUUUUGCUAGCGGGAAUGGCUCGUGCAUCUGGAGCACCUCUUGCGGCCGCCGUCUCCAACGCAGGCGGUCUUGGAACUGUGGGCGGAUUGGGCUAUACCCCUGAGCAGCUAUCGGAGAUAUUGACCGAGCUGAAAUCACUUCUGAGAGACCCUUCGUUGCCAUUCGGUGUCGAUCUAGCCUUGCCGCAGGUCGGUGGUACAGCACGGGCCACCAACCAUGACUACACCCAUGGCCAACUGGACCAGCUCAUCGACGUUGUCAUCUCCCACGGGGCCAAAUUGUUUGUUUGCGCCGUCGGUGUGCCACCGGAGCGAGUCAUCAAGCGGCUCCAUGACGCAGGUAUCCUCAUCAUGAACAUGGUGGGAGCGCCCAAGCACGCCGAGAAGGCGUUCAAGCUAGGUGUGGACAUUGUCUGUGCGCAGGGAGGCGAAGGAGGCGGCCACACUGGUGAUAUCCCGUUCUCGGUGCUCGUCCCUGCGGUUGUGGACGUGGCUAAGAAAUACAAGAGCCCGUUGACGGGCCAGCCCGCCUUGGUUGUUGCUGCUGGUGGUGUCAACGACGGCCGUAGCUUGGCUGCGUCAUUGAUGCUGGGCGCUGCAGGCGUCUGGGUCGGCACCCGAUUUGUUGCUUCGGAAGAAAGCGGUGCAAGUCGCUUGCACAAGGAAGCUGUUGUUGGAGCGCAAUAUGGAGAGACGAAACGGACGCUCGUCAUCUCUGGAAGGCCGCUGCGCAUGCUCCCUAAUGAUUAUAUUAAAGAGUGGGAGAAGCGACCCGAGGAGAUUGCCAGGUUGACGGCCCAAGGCAUUGUUCCAAUUGAGCAUGAUUUCAAGAACGACAGGGAAGUCGAUGUGCCCUUCUUGAUGGGCGACGUUUCUGCCAGUAUUCAAAAUAUCAAACCGGCCGGUGUGAUUGUCCGGGAGAUGGUACAGCAAGCUGUGGAUAUGCUGAAAACCGGAGGGUCUUAUAUAAGCGGUCCAAUAAGUAGACUUUGAUCGGGUUGUUGACUCUGUCUCAACUCGCCAUUGGCAUAUAUGACAUGAAUUGUAUUGUGGUAAU